CACUUCGUCUACGUUGUUAUUCUCAUGCUCUCAAGUUCCAAACUCCAAAGUAUAAUCCCUCGCCAAUCAAAAGAGUGAUCUUCAGAUCAGGAAGAAAAAAAAUGAUAAAUCUAGCAGAUGCACUGAGACGAAGAAGAUUAGAAGAGCAGAGGGGCAGCAUCAGCAGAAGUAAUAUCAAUACGACGGAGCAAUGCUUCUUUUAUGAGGGUAAUAAUGAUUUGAUGUUUAACGUUUUAAUUAGAUUACCUGUAGAGUUGCUAAUUAAACUGAAGUUAGUAUGUAAACACUGGAGGUAUUUGAUCAAACAUGACAAUCGCUUUAUCGAUUUGCACUUUACAUGGUCGAAAACACGUUUACUUCAUGAACAUACCUUUCUCAUUUAUCCUACACGCCAAGUUAAUGAACUUAUACCAAUUAAGAGGUUUUCGUUCAAUCGGAAAGGUUUAACGUUUGAGGGUAGUCUAGAUCAUGAAUCAUCAUACACUGCUGCUGCUGCUGUUGUAACUAGUAAUAAUGUGAAUCUUAAUGAGAAACCAAUGUUAAUGCUUGAACCUGUGAAUGGUUUGGUUUGUUUUGUCAAGGGUGGUGGUGGUGGUGGUGCUAUUCAGCAUUCUUCUCUUCUUAUUUAUAAUCAUAGCACCCGAGAGAAAACAGAAUGGAUCGACACAGUAACAAGUGCAGCAUUCAGAAAGCUUUUUGGACUAAAACUGAAAGGCUGUCGUGGAAAGAGUGUGCAAAGCUCUUACAAAUAUAUGUUUGGAUUUGGAAUAGAUCCGGCUACCAAUCAACACAAAGUAUUGUGCAUAAUUGAGAUUAUUGUACGUGAAUCUAUUCUUCGCCGUGAAUUGGUUUGCGGGGUCUUUACAGUAGGCAAGAACACAUGGAAAAAGACUGGCCAAGUUCCACCUAACACUGCAAUUAAGAAAAAUUCUGUUCAUGUGUGUGGUUCGAUUUAUUGGAUGCCUAGCAAGAAACUGCGAAGUCAAUGUGGUGUAAUGGUGUUUGAUUUUGGAACUGAGACAUUUAGAUCGAUAAAAAUCCCAAAGUUUAUCCUUGAUCUCUGGAGCUUUAUGGUCGUGGAUCCAUGGAGCUUAAAUGGAAAAAAAAAAAAUUGGUUCAUGAAUUGGUAGAGGUUGACGGACACUUGGCUAUAUUGGUGAGAGAAGAAGAUGACAUUCUAAAUAUAUGGAUUUACAUUGUCGAUGAAGUCAGUAGUGCUACAGACGGUUGGAUUAAAGAAACAAUGCAACUGCCUUUUGGCUGGGAUAAAAUACAUAAAUUAACUUUUAAAGCCAUUACUGGUACAAGCCUAGUAGUCAUGAAGAUCUUAAGGGGAUAUCGUCACGGUGACCAAUAUCGUUCUGAAUUUCUCCAUUAUUAUGAUCGAAGAGAGAAGAAAUUUUAUGAAAAAUCGUUUGAGAUUUUGUUGGAACCAACUGGUACUUCUGGUGCAAUCGACAUAAUGCGCAAGUCCAUACAUUGGAUCAACUCAGAGUGCAAGCUUCGCAGCGGCUCCCCUGCAACUAGAGCACACUUGUUCCUCUUAUAUUCUGUGGUUAGAGCAGGUCCUUGUGCUUCUUUUUAUUUCAGGUCUAGUAUAAAUCCUUAGUUGUUAGUGAAAUAUUGUUUGAUUAAGUAGUAUCUUAAUGGGAGUAGUUUUAGUUACAUCCGGGAAUGCUUGAAUUAAAAGAAGAUAUUCAGUUCGAUUUUUUAUUUAUUUUUUGUUUAUCAACUU